AUUAUAUAUUUGACUGGACAUAUAAUAUAUAUACAUGACUAUAUAACCGUUGACCAUGUUUAAUUUCCUUUUGCUAAGUGUGUGUUAUCUGACCUAUUCUACCUAUAGAACUUCAACUGGUUAGAGAUAUUGGAAUCACUGUUAUUAAAAUAUAAAUACAUUAUAAUUAUGAUAAAUAAGACAACCGUGUUAAUUUGAUCAUGCCACAUCCCAUACAAGAAAGCAGUUAUUUUGACUUUCCUCUUUUUAUAAAGCAUCACAUUGAAAAGAAACAUAUACUAAACAAAGUCAAAGAAUUUGUAUAACGAUGAACUUGAAAAAUAGUAAAGCCAUGGCUUUGAACUCAAAACAGCUGAUGAUGAUGAUGGUUCUUGUGGUCCUUUAUACAAAAACAGCAACUCAACCAAUGUCACUACCAAACUGCCCAACAAAGUGUGGUUCUGUCACCAUUCCCUUUCCAUUUGGAACCACCAAGGAUUGUUCCCUUGACAACACCUUUCUCAUCGAUUGCAACCAAACAUCUUCAACUUCAACCUCAAUAUACAUACCUUACUUGCCAAAGAGUAAUCAAAGUGUCUUAAACAUCUCACUCAAUGGUGAACUGCACGUUGAAUGGCCAGUAGCUAGCGAUUGCUAUGCUGAAAAGGGAAAACUCCUGAACCAAACACCUAAGGUUAUCAAUAUGAAACAUUUUCACAUCUCAUCAACUCGAAACAAGUUGAUGGCAGUUGGUUGUGACACGGUUGGAGCACUCGUAGUUAUUGACUCAAAGGGAAAGAACUACACAACAGGAUGUGUGGCUUUGUGCAACAUGCGUGAUGAUAUUGUGGCAAAUGGGUCUUGCACUGGCUCUGGUUGUUGCGAGAUUCCAAUACCUCAAGGUCACCUGUUAUCAACAGUAGUCUAUGUUUCUGGAGGUGUAUUCAAUAAUCACUCAGUAGUACAUGACUUCAAUCCAUGUGGCUAUGCUUUUUUGGUUGAAGAUGGAGCCUACAGCUUCACAACCACAGACAUCCUCAAGUUGGAGAAGAAAGAGUUUCCUGUCUUGUUGGAUUGGGCGGUAGGGAAUCAAACGUGUCAGAAAGCUCAGAAGGAUUAUUCAAGUUAUGCGUGUAAAGCUGGCAAUAGUACAUGUUACAAUGCAACCGAGAGACCUGGUUACCUUUGCAAAUGCUUUGAUGGAUAUUGGGGAAAUCCUUACCUCAUUCAUGGUUGCCAAGAUAUUAAUGAGUGCAUGGAGUCCAAUGACUGUGUUGAGGGGGCAACAUGCCUCAAUCUUCCUGGAAGCUACCAUUGUUUAUGUCCGGCAGGAAAUGACGGAGACGGGACAUGGAAUGGAACAAGAUGCAGUCGGAAAUCCAGUACCAAAUCAAGGAAACAGAUCAUAUUGAUCAUUGCAUUGAGUGUGAGCGUAAGCCUCGUAGCACUACUGGUGGGAAGCUUUUAUGCAUAUUGGACAUCGAAGAAAAGAAAGCUCAUUAAACUUAAAGAGCAAUAUUUUCAACAAAACGGUGGUUUACUGUUACAACAACAGAUAGUGAGGCAUGGAGAGUCAACUGAAACUGCUAAACUCUUCAGUGUUGAGGAGCUAAGCGAAGCAACCAACAACUUCGAUGAAAGCAAGAUCCUUGGCCAAGGUGGCCAGGGAACAGUUUACAAAGGAGUUUUACAAGAUAACAGAACUGUAGCAAUAAAGAAGUCCAAAAUCAGUGACCCAAACCAGAUUGAGCCGUUCAUCAAUGAAGUGGUCGUUCUUUCCCAAAUCAACCAUAGGAAUGUGGUAAAGCUCUUGGGAUGUUGUUUAGAGACAGAAGUUCCCUUGCUUGUUUAUGAAUUCAUUCCCAAUGGUACUGUUUAUGAGCAUCUUCAUCCAAACCAAUCUUCAAAACUUACAUGGAAAACAAGAUUGAGAAUAGCAAAAGAAACUGCUGGAGUCCUGGCAUACUUGCAUUCUGCUGCUUCUACACCAAUCAUACAUAGAGAUGUCAAAUCUACAAAUAUACUACUGGAUCGCAAUCUCACUGCAAAAGUUUCUGACUUUGGAGCUUCUAGGAUUGUUCCUCUUGAUCGAAGUCAGAUAACCACUCUAGUGCAGGGGACAUUGGGGUAUCUUGACCCAGAAUACUUCCACACAAGCCAAUUAACAGAUAAGAGUGAUGUCUAUAGCUUUGGGGUUGUCCUAGCAGAGCUACUGACAGGAAAGAAGGCACUGUCUUUUAGCAGGCCAGAGAAAGAUAGAAACCUUGCAGUGUACUUCUUUUCUUCAAUAAAAGAGGGUCAGUUACUUCAUAUUCUGGACAAAAGUAUAGAUGAGGCAAAUAUUGAGCAACUAAAGGAAGUUGCCCAUAUUGCAGAAAGGUGUUUACGGGUAAAGGGUGAGGAAAGACCCACCAUGAAAGAAGUGGCAAUGGAACUAGAGGGAAUAUUAGUUAUUGAAGAGCACCGUUGGGGAAGUGACCGUUUGUCUUCAGAAGAGACUGAAAACUUGCUCAAAGCUGCGCCAUCUGUUAUCAAUGUUGAAAAUGGCGUUGGCAGAAGUCUUAUUAAUUCUUCUGACUCAUAUAGCAUAAAUCAGAUGUCGAUGUCAUUGAUUGGUGGAAGAUGAUUAGCUUAUAUUAAUACUCAAGAUUUUACUUUAAUCUAUCUUCAUUAUAAUGGUGGUGUAGUAUAUGUUGUAUUUCAGUUUUCCCCUCUGUAUUGGACAUGAUAUUCAUAUAUGUGUAUCCAUGUAUAUAUAGGCUUUACAAUUGUGUCUAUUUAAAUGAUUUUACUCUGGAAACAACAUUAAUUUCCGUCUUUAGAAGCAUAUCAGUUCAAUGAAUUAUUUUUUUCAUUCU